UCGCUGCCGGGGGACUUGGGUAACAUGUGUGAGGGCAAUGGGCCAUGGGACUCCCUUAUAAUAUGAACUGGGCUGGACUCCUGCAGAUCUUGCUGGUUAUAAUCCACACCAGUCAGGUCACAUGUGGAUCUAUCCAGUUUUCUGUUCAAGAAGAACGGAAGCCUGAUACUCUGGUCGGAUCGCUGAGCAAACAUUUCCAGCCUCCAUACCAGCUCCUGACCCAGGAGUACCUGUGGAUGGACGAACACACUGGGAAUUUUUAUACUAAUGAGCGCAGGAUAGAUCGUGAAAGCCUCUGCCCUGAGGAGACAAAAGCUGAAGGAUGCUUUGUUCUGCACAAUGCUAUUGUGGGACCCUCAGGAGACCUUGUACAGUUCCCUGUGAUAAUAGAGGACAUCAAUGACAAUGCACCACAUUUUCAAAACAGUGAAAUACGCCUGAAGGUGUCUGAGGAUGUAGCUGUAGGGAGCAGCUUCGUCCUAGAUGACCUGGCUCAGGACGCAGAUACCGGACAUAACGGACAACUAAGUUACCAUCUGCAAGGGUCUGGAGGAGAUUUCUCCAUAAAGGCUAAAGAAGAUGAACUUUUAAUAAUGCUGGUUGUACAAACAGCACUGGAUAGGGAAAUUCGGGACCUGUAUCAGAUGCAGCUGGUGGCCACUGAUUGUGGUACACACCCUUUGAAUACUUCAGUGGUUUUAACAGUUACAGUGACAGAUGUUAAUGACAACUGUCCAAGCUUUGGUCCUGACAGUCCACGCAGUACCACCAUUCCAGGAGACUCUCCAAAGAAUAUGGUGGUAACUCGGGUUAUCGCCACAGACCCAGACACAGGUCCAAACGGUGCCAUUGUUUAUUCACUAAGCCCCCAGGUCUCUGAAAGAGCCAAGAAGCUUUUAACCCUUGAUAGUCGCACUGGGUACAUCAGAUUAAAACAAGACCUCCAGAACAACAAUUCAGAGGAGCUGGUGUUAAAAGUGUUAGCCAGCGGCCCUCACUGCCCCCCAGCAGACACUUGGGUAACCAUAUCUGUGCUCCCCAAGGCAACCCAAGAUCUCACAAUCAAGAUCGGAUUCAUAGCUGAGCAUCACAAUCAGACUAUGGUGUUACCAGAGAACCAGCCCCCCACUGUCUUAGCUGUUUUAGAGCUGGAGGGUGACAGUAGCUCUAAAGGCUCAUCUCUUGCCAUUGAGGGUGACAUGCCUUUCUCUUUGAGCCCACAAAGUGGCAAAUAUCUGCUUUCUACUUCAAAGCCUCUAGACUAUGAGAUACAAAGUGAGUAUCACAUUUCAGUGGUAGUGCAAGGGAUCUCAUCUGAAAGCUCUGUGAUUUCUCUGUCUAGGCAAGUGAUCCGAGUGAUGGUGGAGGACGUCAAUGACAAUGCUCCACACUUCCUCCAGUCUCACUACCAGCUGGAGGUGGAGGAGAACAACCAACCUGGAAUAACGCUGCUGCAGGUGUCAGCUUCUGAUGCAGACAGUGGCAACAAAGGCAGGGUGACAUACAGGCUGCACGAAUACACAUCUGCCAUCUUCACCAUUGACUCAGACACAGGUCAGAUGUCUGUGUUGGCUCCUCUGGAUAGGGAACAGCAGCAAGAAUACAAGCUCACUGUGUUUGCUCGAGAUAGUGGCUCUCCUCCACUGGAGUCCCAAGCCACUAUAAUUAUUCGUGUUCUGGACCAGAAUGACAAUGCACCUGUUUUUUCUACCCCUCACUUCAUCUUCUUCAUCCCAGAGAACGCUCCACCGUUUACCCAGGUGGGAAGGAUAGAGGUGAUAGACCUAGAUGAAGGAGAAAACGGGAGCACAGAACUGCGACUUGGAAACAGCAGCACACCUUUUGUCGUGGAUAACACCCAAAGGACACUGAGGACCACCACCAGCCUGGACCGUGAAACAGUAGACCAUUAUGAACUUUACGUGUUGGUUAGUGACAGUGGAUACCCAGUCGCUUUAACUUCCACUGCCAUAGUGACUGUCUUUGUGGAGGACAUCAAUGACAACCAGCCAAAAGUGAUUCUACCCAGCAGCAACUCCUCAUGUUUGGCCCUCUCCCCAAGUACCCUGGUAGGGUCAACGAUUACAAAAAUCUACGCCAUCGACGAAGACUCUGGGUUAAAUUCUGAGAUCACGUAUUCUGUCAUCGCACCAGGGCCAGCACAACAAACCAACCCCUUCCAGGUAGACUCAAGAUCGGGUGACAUCACCCUAAAUCAUCAGCUUUCACAAAAAGACAUGGGGAUGCAUCAUCUCUUCAUUGUAGUGAGAGACAACGGGAAGCCAACUCCACUUUAUACAACUGUUUGGGUUAAUCUGCUGGUUAACGAAAGCACAGAGCACUGCACUUUGGACAGAGCACCUACAUGGACGGGGACAUCUGAUUUGGUUCAAAGUCCCUCAAUGGCCCCCAUCUGUGAGGUGAAACCUGUUCGAUCCGAUCUCUACAUGUAUGUCGGCAUGAUUUUGAUGCUGGUAUCCUUAGUUUUGUUUCUGGUAACAUUGUGUUUAUAUUUGAAAUAUAAAAGUCUACAAAAACCCAAGAGGGAAUACAUAAAAGAGAAUGAGAUUCCACUCAGGCUCAAGGACAAAUAUUAUUCUGAUGAAUGA